AGAUUUGUGAUGGGCCGGAAACGUGAUUUUGUUUCUUUGUCCCGAGGUCCAAACAAGGCCUUAUCAGUAUCAUGUGACGAUCGUCGUAAUGACGAUCCACAAGCCGAAGGCAAACGAGAGACAGAGGAAGCUGACGCUAUAAAACCACCAACAGGGUUAGGGAUUGAGCUUUUCGAGGUGGCCAUUAAUCAAACAUCAUCGCCCACUACCUUCGAUAAAAAGAUGAGUUCGUUGGAUGUGGCCAGAGCAGAACUAGCACUUGCAGUUUUGUAUCUGAAUAAGGCUGAGGCAAGGGACAAGAUAUGCAGGGCAAUACAAUAUGGUUCAAAGUUCUUGAGCAAUGGAAAACCCGGGACGGCCCAAAAUGUAGACAAAUCAACCAGCCUAGCCCGAAAAGUAUUUCGCCUUUUUAAGUUUGUCAAUGAUUUGCAUGCUCUUAUUAGUCCUGUACCUCAGGGAACUCCUCUUCCACUUGUUUUGCUGGGGAAGUCCAAAAAUUCAUUACUAUCGACUUUCUUAUUUCUCGAUCAAAUUGUCUGGCUUGGUAGAUCUGGCAUCUACAAGAACAAGGAACGUGCUGAGUUCCUUGGCCGGAUAUCUCUUUUCUGUUGGAUGGGGUCCUCAAUUUGUACCACAUUGGUUGAGAUUGGAGAGCUCUGCAGGCUUUCUGCAUCAAUGAAGAAGUUAGAGAAGAACCAUAAAAGUGGUGACAAAAAUCAGGAUGAGGAAUAUCGUGCUAAACUUAAAAAAUCAAAUGAGAGGACCCUAGCCCUGGUUAAAGCGGGUAUGGAUACAGUGGUUGCUGUGGGGUUGCUUCAACUGGUACCCAAGAAAGUUACCCCACGUGUAACUGGAGCCAUUGGGUUUGUUAGCUCACUAAUCUCCUGUUACCAGUUACUUCCAUCACCCCCAAAGCCUAAGACAGUCUGAAGGUAGAAACCUUGUUCAGCUCGACAAAAUUAAAUGUCCUUUAAUAAUUGUUCCAACCAUUGGCAGUGCACACUUCUUUAGUUUUUUUUUUUCUUUUUCUUUUGGGCAGUCUUGUGAUGAAAAUUCCAUAGCUAGUGACUUCGCAACAUCUGCGUAGUGCAUACUAUUGCUACAAUAAUAAUGACAGAAGUAUCUUUCAAGAUAGUAAAGCUGAGAUGUUGCUUGCAGAUUA